AUACUUUCCCGUCGAUUAUGAGCGCCUUCCAAGUUUCCCCGCUGGCCGCACCGGAAGAUGUGGCCAAUAGUUUUCGGACAUCGUUGCGGUCAUUUUCUUCGGCAUCCACGCAUCGCUCGCGGAAGAAUGAUUCAGCGGGGUCACGGCGACCGAAGGAUGCCGAUUCGGCCUUCGCCAGUAUGGAGAGUGUUAAUUCACUGCGCAGUACAUCCGCUCGCCACAAACGACAGGAUUACCGGCAGCGAUCGCGCAGUGUGGGACCGGGAAGGUCAGCAGCCGGACGCGGCGGUGGGUUUAACAACACGCCAUACUAUGAUGCGUCCAUUCAUAAUGAUACGACAAUGGUGUCACGGUAUAAUCAGUAUGGGGAAAUGUUCACGCCUGUAUCAUACGCCUGGCAGGCGUUCAAAGAACGCUUAUUUGAUUCAUCGCUAAGCGAAAGGUAUGAGGUUCUUCACGUGCGAGAGUCACCGCGGAAUACGCGGAGAUAUCGCAGUGUUUCGCCUAAUUAUGUGGAAGAAGAUGAGGACGAGCCACAGGAUAGUUCAAAAAAGCUGCUUUUCCUACAGGAUCCCCUUACCCGCUCAAUGUAUAAAAACCUGGAAACCUACUUUGACCGAAAGACUGUGAUUCGCGGGCUAACCGGAGGUGGCCUCAAUGGUUUCUCCGCAAGGAGCCUUUCGCGGGAUGAUUCACAGCUGAUGUUCAGCGAUCAAGGCGGCGCACCUCCGCGCUCGCAAUCAUCCUUGGGAUUUGCUCCAGCUACGGCCCGUUCUCUGUCGGGAGGGCUAGACGCUAUUCCCGACAUGCCCCGCCCACAGUCAUCGAUGGCCUUCUCUUCCACCUCGCUUUUAUCUCGCAAACGGCGCCAACAGCAGCAGCAACAACAACCACAGACCAGCUUUAUCAAACCCGAUCAAGACAUGGAGGAAGUAAAGCGGGAAAUCGAAAAACGCUUUGCCAGAAUUGAUUUUGACACCGGGACAGCUGAUUAUGAAGCGCUGUUCACCGUGUCCGAUGAAAUGUCAGACAAACUCGACGAAGUAUCCAAGAAAAAUGCGGAACUGAAUACAGCGCGCGAACAUCGUGGAGAUAACGAAGAUUCCAGUGAUGUUACGCCCAAAGUAAAGCUGGAUCGGCUGCGGUUCUAGAGUGACUGUUUGUUAUUAGCAGGUUUUUCUACUGAUUAUAACUUGACUAUCAAACGUGAUUUUUUUCUGCAUCAUACGACGCGUACACGAUGUUAAUUAAAAUGAAUUUCGAUAACGGGUUUAGGUGGCCGUGUUAAGA